AAAACUAACACUGACUUUCAUGAAAAUUAAACUAAAAUUCGGCAAAAUAGAACUAAACUGAAUCAAAUGAACACACUGUGGAACUAAACUGAAAUGUAAGAAAGAAAUAUUUCCUGGUGGUUAAUCUACAUUGGAUCUAAGUUUUGCUUUUACUUAAAGUGCCCCGCCCUGUUAGACUAUAAAAUUCAGCAGAACCGUUACGCUGAAAUUGGAUGUAUCAAGAUGGCUGCAAUUUACAACCUACUUGUGAAACACAGACUGGAGGCUCACUACAACAAGUUUCUAGAGUUGGGAGUGACAGAUGAAAGAGAUUUCAUCGAUAGCAUAACAGAUGAAGACCUAACCAACCUAGGAUUAACUCAGGUGGAAAAGACUCGUUUCUCUACCAUGAAAAGAGAAAUUGGCAGAUUCAGAGCUCCAGCACAGCCAGUUGCACGCACUGUGCAAAAGUUGAUGAAGGCCUUCAAUCUGCUGUACACCUAUCCCAAAUGUCCAGAACCGAAAUGCAUCAAAGACAUGGAUCCAGCACAAAACACAAUUGAAGACCUGAUGCUGAGGAUUUGUCACCUGGAAAGUGUUGAUUCCUCCAGUGGAGUCUGUCUCUACACAGCAGAGGGAAUGCCCCUGACAGAUGAUCCCUUCUUUAACACAUGGUCUUUACAAGACAGACACAUUAAAAGUGGAGAUGUUAUCUAUGUUAUAUUCACACCAAAGCAGCACCUGAAAACAUCUCCUCCAAAUAUACCCCGAGAGGUAACUGAAACCUGUGGAACAGACAUAGUUCGGUGUCAUGUCAUGCUCAAGGGAGACUUCGAGGUGACAGUGAACUUUACAACUGACACAAUAACUAAUUUGAAGAACAAACUUGCAAAGGAAAGUGGAAUCCCUGCACAUGUCCUACAAUACAAAGGUGAAACUGGUUCUGGCAACACCCUGGAAAGUUGUGGGAUCACAGAGGAGUCCACUGUGCACUUCUCACUGUCCUCAUUUUCAGUGGAAGAACAAGCACCAAACAUGUUCUUCAUUCAAGAUGUUGAGCCCUCAGUUCAACAAACCACCAAAGGAAUCAGUGUCUUUCUGUCAUCUCUCCUUAUCCUUAAAUGCAGAUUUUCAGUGGAUUUACAAACGAGACUGGUUAGCUACAUUCGAAAACUAACAGGUUGUAACCCACUGGCCCAAAGUUUGUACCAGUUACUCUGCAAGAAUGAAGCCAUAUCCAGGAAUCAAAAGAUUGCAGUAGUCGAAGGCUUGUACGUUCUCUUUAGAAAACUUUUGCCAGAUCUUGGAUCAAAACAAGGGGAAAAGGUCAUCGAGGACCAAGAUGUCUUUGAGUAUUCAACAUACUGCUGGGCAUAUCUCAUGUCAGAAGCAAAGAAAGAGACAUCAGAAUAUGAAAACUACGCACCAUAUUCUCUGAAAAAUGAAGAAGGCAGCCGUUUUUGUGAACCAGUCACUGUACCUGGAAUACCAGGUGCUAUGGAAAGAGCUGUUGUGCUGCAGAAAAUAAAAGAUGGAGAGAAGAUUCCAAACUGCACUGAAGAGGUUUUGCAAGUAACAUCACUCAAAAGAGCCGCUGACAUUGAGAAAAUUUUGCUCAGUGUUCAUCCUUCACUUAAUACAUAUCAUCUUUGGAUUUCCUGUGACAGAGUGACUGGUCAGAACUUUAAAAUAAGCACUGGUAAGACUUUCGGAGACAUGGCAGAGGACCUGAAAGCAUGCCCUCAGCUUAGUGUGACUCCACCCCUGCUUUUGAAGGAUCUGGGAUGUCAAGAACCAUGUCUUGUUUUCCUAAGUAAAGACAAUCUUGGAGUUUAUCAGAACAAAAAUAAGGCAACACCACAAAUGAUUGAUGUGUAUGACUGCCUGUCUGGCAAAGUCAAACAGCAGGAUGUGAACACAUUGGCAGCAUUAACUGGUGACUGUAGGGAUGACCACUCUUUUGUUACAACCAGGACUCCAAAAGAAGCUAUACUGGUACUGAUUGAUACAAGUUCAUCAAUGUCUGAGAACUGUUAUGGAAGUGUGGAAAUACAGAAAAUCCAUGCUGUCAAGGAGCUGUUUGAUAACUUUGCAUCAAGGACCAUGGCUUAUGAUUUCCACCAUGUCAUUGGCCUUGUGACGUUUAACAGUACAGUGAGAACCGUCCACACAUUUACAGAAACUCUGGAAAAGUUUAAGGAACAUGUGCGCACUCUUGAGGCAUCUGGACGUACAUUGCUCUAUGAUGCUCUACAACAUGGAAAGCUUGAGCUGGAAAAAGUAAAGACAAAGUUCCCAGACUGCAGACUUCGCAUUCUGUGUCUCACUGAUGGAAAUGAUGUUGGAUCCUCCAACAAGCCAGAUCAAGUGGCCACAAACCUAAUAAAAUCUAACAUCAUUGUUGAUUCAAUUCUUCUUGGAAAAGUGGAAAACAAUGUUCUGCAUGGAAUCAGCACUGCAACAGGUGGCUGCUGUUUCAAACCAGAGACAAGCAAAGAUGGUCUAAAGCUUUUUGAGACUGAGACCAUUCUUUCUUUGGAGAUAAGGAAACCCAAAACCAAAGCUGACCCAGCCUCAAUCAGUGAUGUUACUUUGCUAAUGAUGGGUUCUGAAGAGUACGAUACAUUUCCAGAGGCUAUCUUACCAACCCAGAUAAGCAGUAAAGUGACAGUGACACAGAGUGCCCUGAAAAAGAGAAUUCAGGAGGCCAAAGACGGCCGUUUCAGAGAGAAGGACAAACGUAUCCUAGAGGAGUUGAAGAGUCUGCAUUGUGACCCACAUCCCUACAUUACUAUCUUUCCAUCAGAAAGUGACUUCACUUUCUGGAAGAUUCUCAUGGAGGGCCCUCCUGAUACUCCUUAUGGAAAAGGAGUCUUUGAGCUGUUCUGCCAGUUUGGUCCCGACUACCCAGUGAAGCCUCCAACUGUUCGCUUUGUCACACCUAUAUAUCACUGCAACAUUAACAAUGUAGGACGUAUCUGCCACAACAUUUUUGACCGGAACUACAACGCCCAGAUCACCAUGAGAGAAAUCCUCGAUGCUGUGUUUGGACUGCUGAUCAACCCUGAGCCUGAAGAUCCACUGGACAGCAUUCUAGCAGAAGAAUACCUGACCAGCCAUGAGAAGUAUGAACAAGAAGCCAUAAAACACACUGAGGAGACUGCUGGAGAAUCACUGGAUGAUAAGGAGCAGAAACUGGUGGAACCUCAGAAGGAGUUUGUACCUCCUCAUCUGAAAUGUCCACUUACCAAGAAGAUAUUUGUUGAUCCUGUGAAAACAAAACGUGGAGCAGUGUAUGAACGGAAAGCCAUAGAAAAACACCUGCAAAUGUCCAAAUUUGAUCCAUUUGUUGAACCAAAGGUUCUUCUCAGAAGAACUGAUUUGAAGCCAGAUCGUGACAUGAAAAAGAUUGUGAAAGACUACCGUUCUAAUCAAAUUCGGGAAACGAGUGUUUAGAUGCUUCAGUGUUUUGUUACAGCAGUUUUUCGUAUGAUUGAGUAUUCCCAUUGAUAUACUCUAUUACUACACAUUUUAAUAUUUAAUAUUCAUCUAUAUCAAAUAACAGUUACAUGUUUGUAUGUUGAGAAAUCUAAACACAACUCUUUAAUGAUUCUUACACUUUGAGUUAAUAUGUAAGAAUGAUAAAAAAUGCAACAGACAGGAAUCUGUGUAGUCAUAAACACUUCAUCUCCGGGUGUAAGUGAUAAUAUAUCAUAAAAGCAAAGUCCCUCCAAAACUGUACAAUUUUCUUUCUUUUUUUCCCCUUUUUUUCAAUGCAAGAGAGCAAAUAGAAUUUGAGAGCUAUUUGUAAUUUCAGUAGAAAAAAAUACAAGAGAAGCCUAAAUUUAAAAUAUGUUAACAAAUUUUGGUUUUCAAAAGAACAGUAAAAAAUUAUAUUUUUAAUGUUUACAUGUGUGGAUGAUUUUACGGGUCUUGUUUUUACUUUGUCUUUUUUAUUAUUAUUAUUAUUAUUGCAGGGUGGGGUAGCUUCAAUGAAUGUAAGCCAGGUUUUGAUAUGUUUCCUAACUGUUAUAGCCAUUUAUUGAUUAAAGUUAUUCCUAGACUUUAGAAACAUAUUACUAAUAUAGUCUGAUGAUAAUACAUUUUAUUAAGCCUGUAAGGAUGUUUUAAAAAACACAUAAAUGUUAUCAAGUUGUCUUUAGUUUAGUAUUUUUUGUUCUUUUACCCCUUUGUACACAACUUAUAUGUGAGCAGGAUGCUACAAUAAAAUUAAUUUGCAUGUCCAUAAGAAUAAAAGUAGAACCAUUUUGUAACUGGAAAUCAGUAAGUGUGUGUGUAGUUGUCUAAAGAGAAAGAUGAAUAACGCCCACCAAAACUUAACCAGUUGUAGAUGAUUCCAACUGUGGCAUUUAGAAACAGUUUCUGGAACCCAGCUUUGAGCUUCUGGUACUCCAGGUGCUGACAGUCAGGCUUAUCAUCAUUGGAGGCAAUCUCAAUGCAGAGAGAUAUCAAGGUGAAAUUCUGAAACAUGUGCCAGUCCCAUAUCUCCACACUGGGACUGAACUCUAUCCUCCACGAUGACAACGCUUGCCCCCACAGACCAGGGUUUAUCAGAGACUACCUCAAGAAUUUGGGAGUAGAGUGGCUGGGAUGACCCCCCUGUAGUCCCGACCUCACCGACAUUGAACACUUGUGGGAUCAGCUUGGGCGUGCUGUUCAUGCCAGAGUGACCAACACAACCACACUGGCUGACAUGCAACAAAGGCUGGUUGAAGAAUGGGAUGCCAUCCUUCAGC